AUGGGUCUAGCACCUAGCCCCCUCUGGGAGUUCUUUCACAAAUUGUCUGAGUUUUACGGGAAUAAUAAGACACACUAUGCUGCUAUAUGCAAAGGGUGUAUCGAAUCACACAUCACAGCGCUUGAAAAUGAAGACACGGAAAAAUUGAUGUCGGGCGCUAUAUCCGAGAGACGUGGUGAGGUGGAACUCAGGGCAGCUGCAAGCGAACUCCCUCCCAAAAUCCAAGGAUCUACUGCGAGGCUUGCACAACACCUAACAACAACAUUCCAACUCGCCGGAGAAGCUUCUCACAAAUUCCACCUCACCCCCUAG